CUAACUCCAUCAUCAGUCAUGUCCUCCCUACGCCGCAUUGUCCGAAAUUCGACUGUAUCAAAGGCUGUUCCGAUUAAGAAGGCGUUCGUGCCUUACCCACUCGGAAGAGACCCUUCCUCACUCCCCAAGCUUGAGGGGGUCUGGAUCAGUGAUAUCGAUGACCGCCCAAUUUCUCUGCGCUACAGAGUCACGGCAAUGAUCGAGAUGUCAAUUCUCGACAAAGCCUCGGAUCUCUCGCGCCUCGCUGUCUUGGACGAAUGUCGAGUCGACAGAGACACCGUAUUCAUCUGCAAUUCCGUAAUUGGCGCCAUGUGCAGCGCAAAACGGUACGACGAUGCCAUCUCUCUGUUCAAUUGCUUUUUCAACGAGUCUCAAGCUGUCCCAAACAUGCUCUCCUGCAAUCUCAUCAUGAAAGCACACUGCGACCAACGUCACGUCGACGACGCUCUUCAGCUCUACCGCCACAUUUUGCUCGACGGACGUUUAGCUCCGGGGAUCGAGACAUACAUGAUACUCACGAAAGCCUUGGUUAAUUCUAAACGAUUCGAUGAAGCUUGUGAUUUAGUGGGAUCCAUGAGCUCUUGUAGUUUCAUGGUCUACGACAUUCUGAUUCGAGGGUUCUUGUAUUUUGGGGAUUUCGUAAAGGCUAGCCAAAUCUUCAAGGAAUUGGAUAGUAAACUUCCAUGUAGAGAAUAUCACACGGCAAUUGCAAUCUUUAAUGUUUCGUUUAUGGACUAUUUUUUCAAGCAACGCAAAGAUGAGGAAGCUAUGGAGAUUCUCGCAACUCUGGAAGAGGCUCAAGUGUUGAAACCCAUUGUCGGAAACAGGGUUUUGGAAGUUCUUGUCUGGCACGGUAAGGAUACAGAGGCCUGGGAGUUGUUUGAAGAGAUGAUAGAAAUCUGUGAUUCCGAGACGAUUGACAUAAUGUCCGACUAUUUUAGUGAAAAGACUGUGCCAUUCGAGCGGCUUAGGAAAACGUGUUAUAGGAAUAUGAUCGUGAGUCUCUGCGAGCAUGGAAAAGUGUCAGACGCAGAGAAACUCUUUGCCGAGAUGUUUACCGACGUUGACGUUUACGGAGAGGACUUGUUGGUGGGGGGGCCUGACCUUUUAACAUUCAGAGCAAUGAUCAAUGGAUAUGUUAAGGUAGGGAGAGUCGAUGAUGCUAUCAUGACCUUGAACAAGAUGCGACUUUUAAAUAUCAGAAAGCUUGCUAUUCAUCGGGCACCAUAAGUUGCAUUUGUGCUUCUUUUUUUAAUCUUUUCAGAGUCUUGUUAGAAUGUUAGGUAAAUGUUUUCUUUGCUUGUAAUGUUGUGAACCAAAACACUAUUUAUGAGGAUUAGGAAAUGAGUUUUCCUCUAAUUUUGUAGUAGAAUAUCAAGUUUUUA